AAGCGCCGCUCCUGUCGCCCAGGUGGCACCGCCCCUUCAGGAUCUCCCACAAUGCAUACCGAUCCAAGAUGGCGGCGUCCGACGAUGGAGAAACUCUGGAGACUUGGCUCAACAAAGCUACCAGUCCUGCCAACAGACAGGAGGAUUGGGAGUACAUCAUGGGCUUCUGUGACCAGGUUAAUAAGGAGCUAGAAGGGCCACAGAUUGCUACCAGGCUGAUUUCCCAUAAAAUCCAGUCACCUCAGGAGAUGGAGGCCAUGCAAGCUCUUACUGUACUAGAGGCUUGUGUAAAGAACUGUGGGCGUAGAUUUCACCAAGAAAUCGGCAAGUUUCGCUUUCUGAACGAGAUGAUCAAGCUGGUAUCUCCUAAGUAUCUUGGCUCAAAGACUAAACCCAAGGUGAAGACACGUGUCAUUGAGCUGCUGUACAGCUGGAGUAAAGGCCUUCCUCAUGAAACAAAGGUUCAAGAUGCUUAUCAGAUGCUUAAGAAACAAGGUAUUGUGACAGAAGACCCUAAAGUUGAAGAUGUGUACGAGCCACCCCCUCCCCCUCGUCCAAGAAAUACACUGUUUGAAGAUGAAGAUAAAGCAAAGCUGUUGGACAGGCUGUUGAAGAGUAAACACCCGGAGGACCUGCAGGCGGCCAACAGGCUGAUUAAGAACAUGGUGAAGGAAGACUCGGACAGGAUGGAGAGGGUGUCGCGCCGCAUGAACCAGCUGGAGGAGGUCAACAACAACGUCAGGCUGCUGAACGAGAUGCUGGCUCACUACAAACCUAAUGAGGCGUCCGACUCCGAGAAGGAAGUCAUGAAGGAACUUUACGCCCAGUGUGAAAAGAUGCGACCAAAUUUAUUCAGACUCGCAAGUGACACUCCCGAGGGUGAUGAUGGUAUUGAUGCAAAGGCACAGUCGGAGGGCUCAGCAUCAUCAUCAUCAAGUGCACUAGCUGAUAUCUUGAGAGCAAAUGAUGACCUGAUGAGGGUGAUGCAGUCCUACCAACGUCUGGUAGAGGGCGUUAGAAAUGGCACGGCAGAAGACACAGCUGGUGGGGAAGGAAAACAAACAGAACAGCAAUCUGGAUUGGCGGACUUGCUCAUGUUGGAUGCAGGGGGACCAAGGUCUCCAACCGCCACUACUACCACGUCUGCCAUUCCCCCUGUCCUACCCGCCCCUCCCACAGUAAGUGGAACAGCCCCUGUAGCAGCACCACAGCCCCCAACAACAGCAGACCUUCUCAGCAGUGAACUUCAAGGUCUAGGACUUGGUGAAGCUGCACCUGCCUCAGCUCAAACAGGUGUACUAGGACAGCCUACAGGUGCACCUGGUCAGCCUCUUGUAGGUGGGAUUCCUUUCAUGCCUGCACCAGGUGUAGGCAUGCAGCCUCACCCUGUAGCACCUGCAUCCAACUACUCUGCAUUUGGACAGGCUCCCCCAGCCAAUGUUCCCAUGUCCAUGCCUGGGGCUCCACCUACAACAAUGAUGGCACCAAUGGGCUCCCAGCCUCCCUUCACAGCUGCAUCAAGCGGCGUUUUCCAACAGAACACUAUGGCUAUGCCCAUGGCAACAGCCACGCCCACUGCCAUGAUGAACACAGUUCCCACUCCCGGACUGGUCCAGCCCCAGAGUUCCACAGGACUGCUGGGAGAUCUGGGUGUGCAAGGGCAGACACAAGGUCAGGGUCAAGGUCAGGAGAAACCAGCUGUUGUGGAGGGGGCCUUCUCAGACUUGGACGUCCUGGGAAAGAGCUUGCAAGAGCGAGGCCUGAAGCCUUCUGUGCAAGCAUCACAGCCUGUUAGUGAGCCGCCCAAGCAGAGUUUGAACCAGCUCCUUGCCCAGAAGCAGCAGCCGGGUUCCCCAGCCCCAGGGGGUGAGGCAGCCCCCCCUGUCCCCACCCCUCAGGUGGCAGGUCCUGGUGCCCCCUCUCCCCAGCCUGCAUCCCCUGCCACUGCAGAAGUCCUGUCACUGCAGGACGUGUUUGUUCCCAUAGAGUCAGUCCAGCCUGGAAGUGUAGGCCCUCUGACGAUCUGUCAGAAGGACAACAUGCAGAUUGUGUUACAUUUUGCCCGUGACACCGCCCCUGGUCGGCCUGAUGUGCAUGUCAUGGUGGUCUCCAUCACAAGUAAUGCUACUGAACGGAUCCAGAGUAUAGUCUUUCAAGCCGCUGUGCCAAAGGUGAUGCGUGUGAAACUGCAGCCUCCGUCAGCCACGGACCUCCCCGGCUACAACCCCAUCUUGCCGCAGGCUGCCAUUACACAAGUCAUGCUGCUGGCCAACCCAAAUAAGGUGCCGGUCCGGUUAAAGUACAAACUUAGCUACAUGUGCAAUGAACAGCAGAGGACGGCAGUGGGAGAGGUGUCCAACUUUCCCAACUUGUGACGGCAAGCUCCGUAGUUCCAGGAGAGUUAGUUAGCUGUUACUGUCCAAACUCAUGUCUGGAUGAGGAUUAUGUACAUUUUCAAGCCUUAACUCUAGAGAAAUGUGGCAUUUUUUCAAGUGACAUGGUAUCAUCAUGGUACUGUAGUCAUCAUUCCACUUUACCUGAUGCACUCAACAUGCAAUACUGUAUGUACCUAUAGUGUGAUGCACUGAAAAUCAUACAUCCCCAAAUGGUUGGUCAUGGUCUAGGGGGGGUCAGUGCAGUCAACCAUUGCCUCAACAUGCAUUUUUCAUGGUAUCCCAGUUCAGUUUUCUCAAGCAUUGAUAGUGCUAUAGCAGAAAGAGAAUGAAAAUGAAUGCAAGCUUGAUAGCAAAACUGUUACCAAGUAUUCAAAAUUCCACUUAGCUUCACAUUUAUUUGCACUUAAUUGUCAAUAAAUAAGACUCAAAUUGCAAAAUCCAGAGAUAAUUCUGAAAAGCUGGCGGGUUACUCUGAUGGGCGGUCAUACUGGCUUUACAGAUACAGAUAAUGAAGUUCUUUUGAAGUAACCUGUUUUAGUGAGAUGGUCGUAAUUGGCUUGGGCCACUUUGCAGUUCUGGAACAGGCCAUAUUGCCAUUGGAUACAGAUUUACAAAAUGUACAUUGUACAUUUGUACCUAAACUUCUUUGAAUUCGUGAAGCAAAAGUAAAUGGCACCACACUGAAGUGAUUAUCCAUUUCUGUGAUAGGUUUGUAGGUGUAUCACUGGUGGUAUGUUAGAUUUAAUUGAAUUAAUCUAGAUAUACCAGUAAUUGGUUAGAUCUUUGAAUAUUAAGUAAACUCUGUCUUAUAUGUAUUAGAAGAUAAAUAAUAGCUGACAAUGGCACGGAAAUUUAUUUCAUGCAAUAAAUACUGUAUAUUAAAGAAGAGAGAGCCUUAAAAGGAUUUGGUUGAUUCAUAAAAAAUGAUGGUGAUGAAGUACAUUUAAUCUGCCAAAUAGAAUUGAGUUGUGUCAGUUUAUGUAUGUUGUACUUAUUUUCAUUAUAUGGUAUGUAAUAGAACUGAAAAAAAUGUAUACUUUUUUUUACUUUUUGCAUUAUGAAAAUAGUGCAUGCCCACACCAUGCAACAGGAGAAAGGAAUGGGUUAUUGGUGUCAGUAACGUUGUUAAGUAAAUAACUAAUAUCAGACAUCAACUGUUACUGACUGUCUCUGAAACCAGCAUCAUGGGCCUUUUGCAAUCAUCAAUGAAUGUACAAUAAUCUACACCUUCAGGAAUGGAUUGUUCCAGUAAAAGUGUGUGAAAUAUCUCAUGUGGAGCAUUCCAUUCUCCAAAAAAGGGGACCGAAAUGGACUGGGCAGUAGUGCUUUUCAUUGUGCAGACCAUUUUAGCCUUCAUGCAUAUUACUAGUAAUCAUGGACUGAAAAGUUGACUGCAAUGAUGUGUGUAGACAGCUUUUUUGUUGAUCAGAAGAGGACAUUGAUUUUGCUAUGACUACACAAAUAAAUAUGUAUACAGUAUAAAAAGGAAUUACAGUAGUAUAAUUUUUCUCAAUUUUGUCUACUCUGUUAUGUUCAUAAAUCAGAACAUUGUGUUUAUAAAUGAGAAAUAGUGAUCACAGUUGUGACAUAAGUACCUUGGGGCUAUAAACAUAAUGUGAGAGGCCUAUUGAAUUGGUAAAUAUUUGUUUUUAAUAGUUCAAAGAGGGGGGGGGGAGUAAAAAUGUGUUUUGAUAGGAGAAAUGCUUUUGUUAUGAAUAUGACCAAAAAUAUGGCAAACCUUACAGAAUACUGUACAUUGACAGUUUAAAAAUUAUCCAUCCCGAUUCUACCUGAAAUUUCCUGGUAAUACAUGGUAAUAAGUAAGGAUACUCAAAAAUGGCAACAAUCUAUGACAA